CGGCGUCGUUUGUUUAAAAAAUGUUCAGAAGAAAAGGUCUGAUCGAAACGGUUAACGAAGCGCAGAGAGCUUCUUCAAUGGCUGUCACUUCAUCUUCUAUGCUGCUGCUACGGAACUUCUCUACGGCGGGGAGAGUUGUUCAAUCUGUGAGAGCGACUUCGAGAAUUUGCUUCUCCACUGGAGAAUUGAUUAGGGUUCUUCCUCAUACUCGUUCCUCCAGAUUCAUUUGCUCUACUCGUGCUGCUCAUAAUGAAGAGGCGGCCGCGAAAGCUGCAGCUGCUGUUGCUGAAACCGGAGCUCCGACCAUAUUUGACAAGAUUAUAGCGAAAGAGAUUCCAUCAGACAUUGUCUACGAAGAUGAGAACGUUUUGGCAUUCAGAGACACAAACCCACAGGCUCCUGUUCAUGUUUUGGUUAUCCCCAAGUUUAGAGAUGGCUUGACCAUGCUUGGCAACGCUGAACCAAGACACGUCGAUGUUCUUGGCCAACUUCUACACGCGUCAAAGAUUGUUGCAGAGAAAGAAGGCAUCCUCGACGGGUUCCGUGUGGUUAUCAACAACGGUGUUGAAGCCUGCCAAUCUGUUUACCAUCUUCAUCUGCAUGUCGUCGGAGGCCGACAGUUGAAAUGGCCACCAGGUUAAGAAGAAAACAUUCAUGUUAAAGCAAAGAAUUUGUGGCCAACGAGCUCCAAAUUUGUCAACUCCAAUCCUGUCUUAUAUGGUUUAUGAGUUUUUACCACGGUCAGAUUUAUCCAGUUGAGAGUUCCUAGAGAUUAGAUAGCUUCCAUUUCCAAUUGUAGUCGAGUUUCUCUCUUCAUUGUUAGAAAUAAUUGUCAACAUUUUAUAUGGUUUGAGAGUGUUUCUCUCCGCAGUAUCUAUACAUUUACUCAAAAUCGCUCUCGGCUGGGCUGCUUAAAGUGUUUUUACCGGUUACUUGUUA